AUGCACCUUGAAUGCCAUCGUCCCCUCCCUCCCCCCCCCCCUGCCUCCUCUCCGCGUACCUCCCUCCCUCCUCCGCCCCCGAGCACCCCCCCAUCUUCCCUCCCCUGCCUCACUCCAGAGAAUGUGAUCAGGGAGAACCAGUGGGGGGGUGCAGACAUCAGGCGGGGGGGCGACCCGGUCCUCAGGAACAACUACAUCUGUAAUGGCUACUCUGACGGAGUGGUGGUGGGGGAGAGAGGCCGGGGGCUCAUAGAAGGGAACCACAUCUACAGUGAGUAACACACAACACACACACUUCCUGUUCGCUGACGUCACUUCUCCUCUCCUCUCCUCUCAUCUCUUCAUCUCCUAGGCAACAAGGGCUGUGGUGUGUGGGUGAUGUCCUCCAGCCUCCCUCAGCUGUUGGGAAACUACAUUACCCAUAACCGCAUGUACGGGCUGGCCGUGUUCUGCCGGAAGGACCCCGAUGGGGGCGGGACCGGGGAAGUGGGGCAGGAGGGAAGAGGAAGAGGAGGAGGACAGGAGAACUUCCAUGAGGAAGGAGAGCUGCUGGCGUGGGAAGGUGACCUUGACAGCGAGGACGAACGCCUCUCCGCCCGGCGCUCCAUCAGCACGGCUCUGGUGGAGGGAAACUGCAUUAGCCGCAAUGGAGGUGAGACUGUAGAGCCGCAAUGGAGGUGAGACUGUAGAGCCGCAAUGGAGGUGAGACUGUAAGAGCCACAAUGGAGGUGAGACUGUAGACACUGUAGAGCCACAAUGGAGGUGAGACUGUAGACACUGUAGAGCCGCAAUGGAGGUGAGGACCUGUAGAUCCAACAUUGCGGAUAGACUGUCACCCGGUAGAGCCACACUGUAGUUGGAGACUGUAGACACUGGGUAGAGCCGCAAUGGAGGUGAGACUGUAGACACUGUAGAGCCGCAAUGGAGGUGAGACUGUAGAGCCACAAUGGAGGAGAGACUGUAGACACUGUAGAGCCGCAAUGGAGGGUGAGCGUAGACCACUGUUGGAUCCGCAAUGGAGGAGAGACUGUAGACACUGUAGAGCCACAAUGGAGGUGAGACUGUAGAGGACACUGUAGAGCCGCAAUGGAGGAGAGACUGUAGACACUGUAGAGCCGCAAUGGAGGUGAGACUGUAGACACUGUAGAGCCGCAAUGGAGGAGAGACUGUAGACACUGUAGAGCCGCAAUGGAGGAGAGACUGUAGACACUGUAGAGCCACAAUGGAGGAGAGACUGUAGACCUGUAGAGCCACAAUGGAGGUGAGACCUGGGUGCGUUUCGAAUUCACUCGGGGCAAUCUACCCGUUUCAGAGCCCUCUCGUUCCAGAGUGCAGAUAACGCUGAAUUUACAAAUGCUCAACACCACCCCGUUGAAUAUGGCCGGUGUCAUAAACGUUCGGCAAAAAAACAUAAUUAAUUGUUGCCAGCAGCACAGUAGUCACCAAUGCUCUGGAUAACAUGAAAACGCUAACCAGCUCUGGCUAGUGCGCGUAAAGUGUCAGGAGUGAGCUGUUUCUCUCAGUUGUGUCUGAAGUAGCUAGCACGCUAGCCUUUAGCUAUCUGACAACGCUGUGAAUUUUACGAACGCCAGAUCACACCACUGGACCCCAGAGUGACUAUACGAACACACCCACUGUAGACACUGUAGAGCCACAAUGGAUGUUAGACAUUAGAGCCACAAUGGAGGAGAGACACUGUAAGCCACAAGGAGGGAGAUACACUGUAGACAACUGUAGAGCCACAAUGGAUGAGAUCACGGUAGACCUGUAGAGCCACAUGGAGGAGGGACACUGUAGAGGAGCCACAAGGUAUGUUAGACAUGUAAUCCCACAAUUAGGAGAUACACUGUAGAGUGCAGCCCAAUGGAGGAGAGACACUGUAGAGCCACAAUGGAGGAUGACAACUGUAGAGCCCAAAUGGAUGUUAGACCAUGUAGAGCCACAUGGAGGAGGGACACUGUAGAAUCCCAAAUGGAUUUUAGAACAUGUAGAGCCACCAUGGUAGGAGAGCACUGUAGGCCACAAUUGAGAGGGACACUGUAUACCACAAUGGAUGUUAGACAAUUAGAGCCCAAUUGAGGAGGGACCGUAAGAGCCACAAUGAGUUUACAAUGUAGAGCCACAUGGAGGAUGCUACACUGUCGAGCCCACACUGGCGGAGAUGACACUGUGAGCCACAAUGGAGGAGGGACACUGUAAGAGCCACCAUGGAGGCAAUGCACUGUAGAGGCCACCAAUUGGAGGAGAGACACUGUAGAGCCACAAAUGGAGGAGGGACAACUGUAGAGCCACAUGGAGAGAUACACUGUAGAGCCACAAUGGAGGAGGGACAUGUAAAGUCCACAUGGAGUAGGGACACUGUAGGAGCCACAAUGGAGGAGAGAACACUGUAUAGCCCACAAAUGGGAGGAGGGACACUGUAGAUCCACAAUGGAGGGGACACUGUGACACAAUGGAGGAGAGACAAUUGUAGAGCACAAUGGAGGAGAUGCACUGUAGUCCACAAUGGAGGAGUGACCUGUAGAGGCCACAAAUGGAGGAGGGACACGUAGAGCCCCCAUGGAGAGGGACACUGUAUAGCCACAUGGAGGAGUACCCUGUAGAAGCCACAAUGGAGGAGGGACAGCUGUAGAGGCACAAUUGAGGAUGGACACUGUAGAGCCCCAAUGGAUGAGAGACAUUGAGAUGCCACAAUGGAGGAGAAUGCCUGUAGACCACAUGGAUGAGGGACAACGUAGAGCCACAAUGUAGAGAGACAUUUGUAUAGCCACAAUGUAGGAGAGCACUGUGAGCCACCAUGGAGGAGAUACACUGUAGACCCAAUGGAGAGGGACAACUGUAGAGCCACAAUGGAGGAGAGACUGUAGAGCCACAAUGGAGGAGAGACACUGUCAGACCCCAAUGGGAGGAGGGACACUGUAAGCCACAAUUGAGUAGGGACCCUGUAGACCACAAUGGAGGAGAGACAUUGUAGAGCCACAAUGGAGGAGAUGCCUGUAGAGCCACAAUGGAGGAGGGACACUGUAGAGCCACAAUGGAGGAGGGACACUGUAGAGCCACAAUGGAGGAGAGACACUGUAGAGCCACAAUGGAGGAGAUACACUGUAGAGCCACAAUGGAGGAGGGACACUGUAAAGCCACAAGGGAGGAGGGACACUGUAGAGCCACAAAUGUAGAGAGACACUGUAAGGCCACAAGGCGGAUGGAACAACUGUAGGAGCCACUGGAUGAGAUAGUCACUGUAGAGCUCACAUGGAGGAGGGACACUGUAGAGCCACAAUGGAGGAGAGACACUGUAGAGCUAGGAGGAGGAGGGGGAUUAUUUAAGAUUCUCUUUGAAGAGGUGGGGUUUCAGGUGCUUUCGGAAGAUGGGCAGGAACUUCAGCUGGUUCCACCGCUGGGGUUCCAGAACAGAGAAGAGCUACAACACCGGGUGUUGUCCAGUGUCAGGCCAAGGUUCUCUGGGAGGGCGACACUGUGGCGUUGUCAUACCGUGACUGUAGAGGCCUUUGACGUGCAGGAGCCUUUCCUCGGGAGGAAGAGCAAGCAGCCUCGGCUGUCUUGUCGAGGUGAAGCUUGAGGUGGUGGGCCAGCCGAGUCUGCCAGGCACGCAGAGGAGUGCGUGUCGGCCACACUGGGUGUCAGAAAUGGGGGGAGGGGGGGAAAAAAGGAAAAAGUAGUUGAGUGUCCCCAUCUCAUAGCACUGAUAGAGAACCAUGUGAGGAUCGGACGGAGCCGAGUGACUUUGGUGUGCAGAGAAAGAGGAGAGGAGAUCUAGAACAAUGACAGCAUGUUGUUAAACACUGAUAUGGAAUGUAGCAAACUCUCUCUCUCUCUCUCUCUCUCUGUCCUCCUUUCUCUCUGUCCCUCUCUUCUUCCUCCUCUCUCCUCGUCUCUCUCUGUCUCUCUCUCUCUCUGGUCUCUGUCUCUCUCUGUCUCUCUGUCUCUCUCUCUUCUCUGGUCUGUCUCUCUCUCUCUCUCUCUCUCUCCCUCCUCUCGCUCUCUCUCUCUGCCCUCUGUCUCUCUGUCUCCGUCUCAUCUCUGUCUAAGCGGUUUGGUUUGGUACGUGAAGAGCAGGACCACUGAAUGUCGUUGCUAACCUCGUGAACGGUAACCGUGGCGCCUUUGUUGCCGUUCUACCGAUGGUCACUGACUCGACUAUGUUGCUAACUGCGUCAUGGAAACGGUGUGGUGGCGUCACCGUGGAAGGGAGUGUGUGUGGAACUCCGCGGCAACGGUGUGUAUGACAACAGCGUCCAUGCGUUUAGUUUUCCGGGCGGAUAGACAGGUGGUGGAGAACGACGUGGUGGGUACCGACCGUGGUUAUGGGAUAGGGUUGACGGACAGCGCCACGUCUAGGGUGAGCUGGGCUCAGACACACAACACACACACCCACACACACCAACACACCAAAUCACCACACGCCUGGAAUCAAGAACACUUUACUUUGUGUGUGUGUGUGUUGUUGUGUGUGUGUGUGUGUAGGUCUUUUGCGUAAUCGAUUCCACCGGUCAAGGGGUGUGGAUCGCUGUGCUGGGGCCGGCGAAAGGCCGUCGUCCACGACAACCUGGGGUGUUCCAAGUCCACCCCGGGCAACGUCAAACCCCCGAUACACCAUGGCAGUGACAGCAGCGUGGCUGCGCAACAACAGCCGUGCUGAAACGAUCAAAAGGUAGCUAUGUCAACAACUUUCAAUUCUCCUCACCAAGUUUGGACACGUUCCUCAGCUAUUUCAUGGUUAAUACAUUUUACCUCUCCCUCAUCCUUCUCUUCUUCCCCUCAUCCCUUCUCUCUCCCUCAUCCCUUCUUCUCUCUCCCCCUCAUCCCCUCCCCUCAUCCCUUCUCUUCUCCCUCAUCUCAUCCCUUCUCCUCUCACCCUCAUCCCCCCCCCUCAUCCCUUCUCUUCUCCUCUCCCCUCAUCCCUUCUCCUUCUCCCCUCAUCCCCUUCUCUUCUCCCCUCAUCCUUCCUCCUCUCCCCCUCAUCUCAUCCCUACUCCCUUCUCAUUCUCCUCUCUCUCCCUCAUCCCUCCCCUCAUCAUUCCCUUCUCCUCUCCCUCAUCCCUUCCCUCAUCCCUUCUCUUCUCCCCUCAUCUCCUUUCUUUUUCUCCUCUCCUCUCAUCCCUAUCUCUCCUCUCCUCCAUCCCUUCUCUUCUUCUCCCUCAUCCCUUCUCCUCAUCCUUCGUCUUCUCCCCUCAUCCUUCUCUUCUCCCCUCAUCCCUUCUCUUCUCCCUCAUCCCUUCUCCUCUCCCCCCCUCAUCCCUUUCCAUCCCUUCUCUUCUCCCCUCAGCCCUUCUCUUCUCCCGUCCCCUUCAUCCCUUCUUCCUCUCCCUCAUCCCUUCUCCCCCUCAUCCCUUCUCUUCUCCCUCAUCCCUUCUCUUCUCCUCAUCCCUUCUCCCCUCCUCAUCCCUUCUCUCCUCAUCCCUUCUCCUCUCCUCUCCCCUCAUCCCCUCUCCUCUUCCUCAUCCCUUCUCCUCUCCCCUCAUCCCUUCCCUCCUCGCAUCCCUUCUCCUCUCCCCGCAUCCCUUCUUCCUCUCCUCUUCUCUCCUCUUCUUCAUCCCCCUCCCUCUACCAUCCCCCCCGCCCUCUGCUGUCUCCUCCUGCCAUGACAUGUCCCUCUUCCCUCCCUGGGUUUUGGAGAAAACCCUCCCCCCCGCCCCUCUCUGACCGGCCUUCAUCCCUCCUCCCCCACCUCCUCCUCCUCCUCUGUCACCCCUCCCACUUUGCCAUCAGGCAUGCGACCGGACACCGCCACCGCUAGAGCGGUUGCCAUAAAAACGGCAGCGUCUCUGCACCAUCCUCUGAGGCCCUGCCAAACCCGUCUGACAACUGUUGGAUGUCCUCCUCAGCCGGGGGGGGGGCGGGGUCAAGAGUUGCAGUUCAGCCCUGACCUCCUCCUGAACUCGAGAACAUGCCUUUAUUUUUUUCUAAGAACAUUCCUGUGGCAUUUUUGAUCUGAACACUGGAACACAGAACAGGGGUUUUUUCUAUAACCGCCGCCUCCCCCGGGGUUUUAAGAAGUGUCAUUGAUCUGUGAGAUCCCCUCGACUGGAGUCUGGUCAGGUGACAAUCAGUGUCGAUACAGAACCAACUUUGACUUUACCAUGUUUUAACCACUGUGUACUGUGGGGUAUCAUGACGGUAAUUCACACUGUGACUGGUGUGGUACAUGGGAACGGUAUCAUAGUCUGUGACUGUUUGAAGAGGUAGGGUUUCAGGUGCUUUCGGAAGAUGGGCAGGAACUUCAGUGGUUCCACGUUGGGGUUCCAACAGAGAAAGAGCUACAACACCGUGUGUCGUCAGGGUCAUGCCUAGGUUGCUCUCUGGAGGUCGGACACUGUGCGUUGUCAACCGUGAUGGAGAGGGCUUUGAGCGGGCAGGCUUCCUCGGAGAAAGCCUCAGCUUGUCUUGUCGAGGUUGAGCUUGAUUGGUGGCCCCAGCUGAUCUGUGCCAGGCAGCAGAGAUGCGUUUCCCACAUGGGUUGUGCAGAAAGGGGGGGAAGGAUAAAAGUAGUUGAGUGUCAUCUUCCGCAUAGCAAUGAUAGAGACGACCAUUGUAAGAUAUGACAGCCAGUGACUUGGUGUAGCAGAGAGAAGAGUAAUUAUCUAGAACAAUACAGCAUUGUUGUUAAAUCACGGAUAUGGAAUGUAUCAACUCUCUCCUCUCUCUCUCUCUCUCUCUCUCUCUCUCUCUCUAGCGGUUGGUCUGUACGUGAAGAGCAGUGAACCACUGAAUGUCGUUGCUAACCUAGUGAACGGUAACCGUGGCGCCGGUGUUGCCGUGCUACAGAGUGGUCAGCUGACUCGACUAGUUGCUAACUGCGUCCAUGGAAACGGUCGUGGUGGCGUCACCGUGGAGAGGGAGUGUCGGGUGGAACUCCGCGGCAACGGUGUGUAUGACAACGGCGGCCAUGGCGUUAGUUUCCGGGGCGAUGGACAGGUGGUGGAGAACGACGUGGUGGGUAACCGUGGUUACGGGAUACGGUUGACGGACAGCGCCGACGUCAAGGUGAGCUGGGCUCAGACACACACACACACACACACACACCAAAUCACCAUCACCCUGGGAAUCAAAUAAAUACUUUGUGUGUGUGUGUGUGUGUGUGUGUGUGUAGGUGUUGCGUAAUCGAGUCCAGCCGGUGCAGGGGUGUGGCAUCGCUGUGCUGGGGCCGGCAAAGGCCGUCGUCCACGACAACCUGGUGUUCCAGGGUCACCCCGGCAACGUCAAACCCCCGAUACACCAUGGCAAUGACAGCAGCGUGCUGCGCAACAACAGCGUGCUGAAACAUAGCAACAGGUAGCUACGCAAACAACUGGCAAUGCUCCUCACCAAGUAUGGACACUUCCUUCUAGCUAUUUCAUGGAUUAAUACAUUUUACCUCUCCCCUCAUCCCUUCUCUUCUCCCCUCAUCCCUUCUCUUCUCCCCUCAUCCCUUCUCUUCUCUCGCCCCUCAUCCCUUCUCCUCUCCCCUCAUCCCUUCUCUUCUCCCCUCAUCCCUUCUCCUCUUCCUUCAUCCCGUUUCCUCCACCACUCCUCCCCUCCCUCUCUGCUCUCUCCUGCCAGGACAUGUCCCUCUUCCCCUCCCUGGGUUUUGGAGAACCCUCCCCCCCCGCCCCCUCUCUGACCGUCCUUCAUCCCUCCCCCCCUCCUCCUCCUCCUCCUGUCACCCCUCCCACUUUGCCAUCUCCAUGACUACCAGGAUCACCGCCACCGUCGAGAGCGGUUGCCAUAACAACGGCAGCGUCUUCUGCACCAUCCUCUGA